CCGUGCCGGCGAACGCCACAGAGAACAGGUGGCCCGUUUCCACUCGCCACACCCUCAUCACCCAAGGGCCAGCAUCACCACGGCCUCCCCUUCGACACGAUAACUCACUUGAUGAGGUACACAGGCAACAUCAUAUCUGGCCUCUAGCCCUUUUUGACAUACAACUCCUCCCGGUUCACGCCAUCGGGCUUGGAUUCCUGCGCCCAUGCUCUGAGACGGAGCCACUUCCUCACGUCUCUAGGCCACCCGAACGACACACAUGCACACACACACACACACACACUUACACACACGCACACACGCACACACACUCACACACACACACAAUCAGCACCAUGCACAUCUCACUCGACCUAGGCCUGGCCCUCUUCGCCUUCCUGCCGGGCCUGGCGUUGGCGGUCAAGACGCCCAAGAACGCCAUCCUCCUCUCGGAAGUGCAGUCCCUCACCCUCCGCGGCGGCGGCGCGAAGACGACGCACCGCCGCGUGUCCGCCGUGCCGCAGCUGAAAUGCGUCUCGUCCAAGGCCAUCUGCGACCUGUAUGAGAUCGACGUGAUGCGGUGCACCAACCAGGGCGCCGGCUACUCGUCCGAGGACAUCCAGUGGUCCUGCGUUGCCUCGCUGCCCGAGGAGCUCAAGCUGGGGUCCACCGACGUCAUCUGCGAGGGCUACGCCAACUCGGACGACCCGUACGUCCUCCGCGGGAGCUGCGGCGUCGAGUACCGUCUCGCACUGACCGACAAGGGCGAGCGGCGGUACCCGAACCUGGGCAAGGGCCGCGGCCGCGGGAGCGGGGGGGAUGGCGAGUCGGACUGGGGCGCCUAUCUCUUUGGGGUCAUCUUCUUUGCCGUCCUGGCUUGGAUCGUGUACUCGGCGUGUGUGGCGGGUGCGCAGAACCGGAGACCGGGUGGUAACGGACGGCGUCGUGGAGGCGGCGGCGGUGGCGGCGGCGGCGGAUUCGGAGGCGGCGGAGGCGGAUGGAAUCCCGGCUUCGGCCAGGACGAUGACCCUCCUCCGCCGUACCCGGGCACGAAACCCUCCAGCCAAGGCGGACAGCAAGGAUGGCGUCCCGGGUUCUGGACCGGCGCAGGAGCAGCCGGCGCAGCGGGUUACGGAGCGGGCUACUACCAGGGCAGAAACAGCGCAAGGAACCAGCAAGGGUACGGCACGGGCGGCCGGGGCAACGACAGCAGCUCGAGCUCGUGGGGAGCCGGCCCGUCGAGGUCGACCAGUUCGUCGUCGAGCUCGGCACGUCACGAAAGCAGCGGUUUCGGGUCCACCAGCAGGAGAUAGAUACGGUCGUGGAGUCGGCAUGUAGUAAAUUGAACGUGGGCGAGCCAAGCUUGACUCUGGGUCUAUCCUGUACUCCGCGCUCUCUCGUACCACCCCCCGGCCCUCCAGCUAUUUGGUGUGAUCAGUCGCCCGCCCCCUUCUUUGCCGGGUGGCGUGGCAUUAUGUACAUUUCCGAGGUCCAGGCCGUCUUCCAUACACGUAAAAGUACAACGAACCAUCAUUUCCAAUUGCAGGCGUCUUCCCCGAGGUAUCAUACCAUGAAAUCCCCCCUGCUGCGAAAGCAAACUCCAAACUGCGCAAACAUCUGUGAUGCAUAUCAAAACAGCGAUUCCUCGUGAUGCUCCAA